UAGAUAUAUAGAUAUAGAUAUGUUUACUAUAAACAAAGGCGAAGGGGCGUGGGAGUUGCCAACUAAGAUUUUCGUCAAGAUGGACUGGGGCUACCUGAGUGAAACUACUUUGUCAUUCUGACUGAAAUCCCCACCACCGGUUACUGUCACCUCGCAACUUUCCCACCAGGCCUGAAGGACACUCCGAAUGAGCUCAGCGUGCGUGUCUUCCUCAUCAUGGUGUGGUUCAUGUCCCUCAUAAUCGACACCGUGUAUCAGGGACACAUCACCGCCUUCAUAGCUAUGCCUAGGUACACGCCCGCCAUCGACAACCACGAGGAGUUGGCGCAGAAUAACAGUGUCAUCCCAGUUACAGAGGAGUUUUCCACUACUCAGACGCUCAUAAUGGAGUCCCAGAGAGAAUCCUUCAUGGCUCUCGCUUCACGACUUGAACUGUACGACGCUUCCUUCCUGGACAGCGAAGAGUUCUAUCACGGGAUUUCCGUCGGGAAAUGGGCAUUUGUAGACUCGUACAGUUCGACGUACGGCCGCGCCCUCAACUUCGAGAACCGGAUAAGUCGAUGCAAGUUCUAUGUUUCCAGAGACAGUGUGACUGGGGGUCUGGAUGCCUGGCCCUUCCCGCGAAACUCACCAGUCCACAGCCAGAUAUCGAGAUCACUAAAGUGGCUUCGAUAUUAUGGUAUCCUUGAGAAAAUCAAGUCCCGCUACUACGUCUCGACGUGUGACCGCUCGAGAGGUGAUGGAGUCAAGAAGAUGGACAUCACUAUGAUGCAAAGUUCCUUCUACGUCGCUGGAAUCGGCUGGUCGUUGGCAGGGACCGUGUUUCUGCUCGAAUUAAUAUUGUACAGGUUAAUACGCAUGUAAAAGCCACCUGAAAUCGUCCAUAGACGAUAUGAUAUGGCAACAAUACUGAUAAUAGAAAAUUAUUUCUGCUUACGUGAUAAUAUCAAAGCUAAAAAAUUAUACACAUCUUCGCAUUAAUGUGUAAGUACACAGAAAUUAAUACAUACAAGGACACGCGAUAGAAAAGCGAAAUGAAGCGGGGAAAAAAAAGUUUGACAAAAAUGCGAUUUGAGGGAAGUCUGAGGUGUAUUUUUUAGUUCUUUCAGUCUGCAAUAAAAUACCUAAGAGAUAGAUAGUUUUUGCAAGGCAAUGAACGAUAUUUGUGCAAAUAUAUAUGAAUUUCUAAAUGAUGGAACAGAUUGAAGCAAAUAAAGAAAUGAAUCAAAACGACGAAUUACGGUAAACCGAUAAUAUAUAUUUUUUCUAUGAAUGCUGGAUACUGCAAUUUAUCUCAUUACUAGAAACGUUUUGAACACCCUCACCUCCCAGUAUCUAAAGCUCUCCCCUAAAGCUUUUAGAGCAGUAGUUCUUGACUUGCCCCGCCCCUCUUAGAGGGGCAUCCGUAAUUUCAAAGGGGGGCGCGAACCCUUGGGAAAAAGCUGGAAUUUCUCUAAAUAUAUGUAUUAUUCUCUUAACGAGAGCAUGAUCAAAUGAUGAUAUUUUUUUAAAUAUAAUAAUGUGACUAAUUCAUACUCAAAUAAAAAAAACUUAUCGUUAUUUUUCUUUAAAAUCUGGAAGGUUAAAGGUUAACAACCAAUGUUUCAGUUUUUCAGCACAAUAAAG